AUGUCUCUUCCGGGUUCACAACGUGUUACUGGUACUGAUGGAAGUGAUUUUCAGCAUCGUGAACGUGUAGCUACACAUUAUCGUGUUAGUGCUGAAACAAAAUCACGUCUUCGAUUAUUAAUUUAUCUUCAUUUUGUUCUUGCUUUUCUUGUUCUUUUUCAAAUAAUAACAUAUCAUAUACCAUUAAUAAAAACAAUAAAUGUUCCACGACCACAUUUAUGGCAAUAUAUAUGGGUUAUUACUAUUUUACCAUCAAUAUGUGGUCUUAUAUCAAUGAAUAAAAAUCAUAUUUUUUUAAUGAAAUUAUUUUUUCGUGGUACAGUUAUAUUUGGUUUAGGUACAAUAAUGACAACAAUUAUACUUAAUUUAAGUGAAUUAUUUACUUUUAAAAAAUUAAAAACAAAUCAUCAAUUAGAUGAUGUUGAACGACAAACAUUUCUUGGUUUUCCAUUAUUAAUACUUUGGUAUAUAUUUUUAAUAAUAAUGGUACAAAUACAUGCAUUCAGUUUAUAUAUGGCUAAUAUUUUAUUACAUAGUUGGCAACAAUAUAAACCAAUGAAACAGAAUUAA